GGGGCCGUGAGGAGCGGGGAGGGGCUGUCAGGGGCCGAGAGGGGCCGCGAGCACUCGAGGGACCCGCCGUGAGGGAGCCGGGACCCGGCCGCCGCCGCCGCCAUGCACGUCGUGAAGCGGGAUGGGCGCCAGGAGCGGGUCAUGUUUGACAAGAUCACGUCACGCAUCCAGAAGCUCUGCUACGGCCUCAACGCCGACUUCGUCGACCCUGCGCAGAUCACCAUGAAGGUGAUCCAGGGGCUGUACAGCGGCGUCACCACGGUGGAGCUGGACACGCUGGCGGCUGAGACCGCCGCCACCCUGACCACCAAGCACCCCGACUACGCCAUCCUGGCCGCCCGCAUCGCUGUCUCCAACCUGCACAAGGAGACCAAGAAGGUCUUCAGUGAUGUGAUGGAGGAUCUCUACAACUACAUCAACCCUCACAACGGGAAGCACUCCCCAAUGAUCUCCAAAGAAACUCUGGACAUAGUUCUGGCCAACAAAGAUCGCCUGAACUCUGCCAUCAUCUACGACAGAGACUUCUCCUACAACUACUUUGGCUUUAAGACUCUCGAACGCUCCUACUUGCUGAAAAUCAACUCCAAAGUUGCUGAGCGCCCUCAGCACAUGCUGAUGAGGGUGUCCGUGGGGAUCCACAAGGACGACAUCGACGCUGCCAUCGAGACCUACAACCUGCUGUCGGAGCGCUGGUUCACGCACGCCUCCCCCACGCUCUUCAACGCCGGCACCAACCGCCCCCAGCUCUCCAGCUGCUUCCUGCUGUGCAUGAAGGACGACAGCAUCGAGGGGAUCUACGACACCCUGAAGCAGUGUGCCCUCAUCUCCAAGUCUGCUGGGGGCAUCGGCCUGGCCGUGAGCUGCAUCCGAGCCACGGGCAGCUACAUAGCUGGGACAAAUGGGAACUCCAACGGGCUCGUUCCGAUGCUGCGGGUCUACAACAACACGGCCCGUUACGUGGACCAAGGUGGAAACAAGAGACCUGGGGCUUUUGCCAUCUACCUGGAGCCGUGGCACCUGGACAUCUUUGAGUUUCUGGACCUGAAGAAAAACACUGGGAAAGAAGAGCAGAGAGCCAGGGACCUUUUCUUUGCCCUCUGGAUCCCUGAUCUCUUCAUGAAACGAGUGGAAACCAACCAGGACUGGUCCUUGAUGUGCCCAAAUGAGUGUCCUGGCCUGGAUGACGUCUGGGGAGAGGAGUUUGAGAAACUGUAUGAGAGCUACGAGCGGCAGGGCCGCGUGCGCAGGGUGGUGAAGGCCCAGCAGCUCUGGUACGCCAUCAUCGAGUCCCAGACCGAGACUGGCACGCCCUACAUGCUCUACAAGGACUCCUGCAACAGGAAGAGCAACCAGCAGAACCUGGGCACCAUCAAGUGCAGCAACCUGUGCACGGAGAUCGUGGAAUACACCAGCAGCGAGGAGGUGGCUGUGUGUAACCUGGCCUCCAUCGCCCUCAACAUGUACGUGACCCCCGAGCACACCUACGACUUCAAGAAGCUGGCAGAGGUCACCAAGGUCAUCGUCCGAAACCUCAACAAGAUCAUCGACAUCAACUACUACCCCGUGCCAGAGGCCGAGCGCUCCAACCGGCGGCACCGGCCCAUCGGCAUCGGCGUGCAGGGCCUGGCCGACGCCUUCAUCCUCAUGAGGUUCCCCUUCGAGAGCCCCGAGGCCCAGCGCCUGAACCAGCACAUCUUUGAGACCAUCUACUACGGGGCCCUGGAGGCCAGCUGUGAGCUGGCCCAGGAGCAGGGCCCCUACGACACCUACCAGGGCUCUCCGGUCAGCAAGGGGGUGAGUGCAGGGAAACCCUGGGGAGCUCGUCCUGGGCCCGGGCUGGGGCACAGACAGGAGGGUUCUGGUUGA